AUGGCAGUUCAUUUAACAGAUCAAAGAUGGGAUGCUCUAUUCUUUAGUACAGUUCUAUUAGCAACAAGCUGUUAUUGCAUGCAAGAAGUUCCUUCUCUCCAUGACUAUUUGAAGGACUUUUUUGGCAAAUAAUAACCUGCUCAAUUUGAAUUCUACUAUAAUAUUUCUUAAUCCAUAUCACAUGGAAUUUUAAUUUCAUAUACAAUUAUUACAGGGAUCCUAGCAGAUCUAUAUAAACCUGCUAUUGUCCUUAUAGUUUAAGCUUUUCUUAUUUGCGGAGCACAAUUUUCUAUUUAUAUUGCUGUUUAUUCUUAAUAAUUAUGGCUACUAUUUGUAGGAAGAAUCCUUUUAUAUACUCAAGCCUCUGCACUAUUUAUUUCAGCUAAAGUUUUUGUAAGUAAUUGUAGUUCAGAAAAGUAUAAAGGAUUGUCUAUAGGGAUUCUAGUGAGCAGUGGUGUAGUUAUUUUUGGUGUAAAUCUUAUUGUAGAUCCUUUUCUUACUUCGAAUUACGGAUUAGAUAUAUCUACCUUUACAACUUUUCUCAUAGCAUCUAUUGGCUUUAUUUGUUCUCUUGUUUGUUAUCACUAUGAAUAAACUAUUGAAUAUGAAAUAAAGAUUUAGGAUGAUAGCGGACCAGAUAGUGAAGAUCCUACAAACAGUGUUCAAGAAAUUAUUACCGAAGAAAAGAUAAGCUAAUGGGAGUAAAUAAAAAAUUUUAGCCGUCAUUAUUGGGUUUGUUGUGUUAUAUUGUUCCUAAGUAUAAACUUAUCUACAGUCAUGGAGAUUACUGCUCCAGCUUUUCUUACUUCUAUAUGGUAAAUGAAUCCUUUACACGUUACACAAAUGUUUUCAAUGGUCCCUCUUAUGUGUUUGACUGUACCUUUUUUUGCAUACUUAAUUGAUAAAUAUAAGAUACAUUAUGAAUGGAUAAUUAUUUGUAGUUUAAUACAACUAGUAGGAAUAGUAUUUCUUGCUUAUAUUGCUCCAGUAAGUGGAACUUUAAUUUUUGGCCUAGGUCUAAGUAUGCGUGUUGCUAUCGUUGGACCAAUUUUAAUUAAAAUAGUACCUUCUUACUCUUUUGGAAAGGCAUUUGCGAUUGUAAGCUUUUUAAAAGAUUUAUCAGGAUUAGUAGUAUUUAGUAUUAUUUCAGUUAUAAUAAAAAAAUAUAAUUCAUACCAUUAUGUUAUAAUAAUUAUGUUAUUUAUUAAUUCUUUAGUAUUUAUAUUAUCAAUUCCUUUUUACAGGUAAGGAAAGCUUGUUAAAUUAUGA